AGGAUUGUGCACUCAACUGAAAUUGUAUUUCCAAUGGAUGAUGCUGUCACACUAUGUUUGAGAAGAGAAUGGAUAGGGACCCGAGGUGUUUAAUCAUCAGACUGCAGGUGGAUCCAAGAUUUCCAAUUAAGCAGAGGCGUAUCUUCUUCGUAUACAUGGAAAGCACGUAGGGUACACUGAGGAGGCAAAAAUUGUAUUUAAAAAAGGGAUAAUUGACAUCCAUAUAGAUAGCCAUGACAAUAUCAUCAUUUAUUUUUUGGGUGCUGCUUACUGUUCUUGUGUACAAUUAUUCGUAUGGAAAGAAUGGAGAUGCAGAGGAAAGUAUACCUAGCGAUGUAAACAACUACGUCACAGGGAAAGUAGGAAAUGUGGCGGACUACUUUGUUGGGUUGUUUUCCUGGAUUCUGUACACCUGUUUGGGAAUUAUGUUUUGGCUUGGCAUUUGCGGUUGUGUCAUCGAGUAUAGAUGGACUAUUUUGGGGAUAUUAUUGUUUUGUUUGCUGUAUUACCAUGCGGUACAAGAAAUGGAAAAAAAGGAUUUGAAGGGAGGAGAAAAUAAAGAGAUAAACAAUCAUUACAGCUACAUUAUAGUGGGAGCUGGAUCUGCAGGUUGUGUUCUCGCUAACAGACUUUCAGAAGAUUUAGGAUCAUCGGUGCUUAUUGUAGAGGCAGGAAGUUCCGAGGAUGAACAUAAAAUGAUGCAGGUCCCAUUCAUGUUCGGAGUCUUGCAAGCGACAAAACAAGAUUGGGAUUUUAGGACAGUUCCUCAAAAGUUUACAUGUCAAGAUAAGAAGGAUAAGAAAUGCACGUGGCCAAGAGGGCGUGUCCUCGGUGGUACAAGUUCAAUAGACUAUUUGCAGUACAUAAGAGGUAGUCGACAUGACUUUGAUAAAUGGGCCAGAGAGGGUGCAGAUAAAUGGAGUUACAAAGAUGUACUUCCGUAUUUUAUCAAGUCUGAAGAUAUGCAAAUACCAAGCCUGCGAUUUUCACCGUACCAUGGAAUGGGCGGUCCUUUGACUGUCAGUGAUGGGUCAGCAACAAAUCUCAGCGACAAUGUGUAUAGAAGGGGAAUGGAGGAAUUGGGAUACAGAGUUGUAGACUGUAAUGGAAUGUCGCAAAUAGGCUUUUGUUUUGGACAAGAGACAGUGAGAAGCGGAGAAAGAUGGAGUACAGCCAAGGCUUUCCUAAGACCUGCCAUGAACCGUCCGAAUCUGCACGUGGUGACAAACGCAUACGUUACAAAGAUAUUAAUCGAAAAUAGGAAGGCGGUGGGAAUAACAUUGGUGAAAAACUAUGAAACAUACCAUAUAAAAGCAGAGAAAGAAGUCAUCAUUUCUGCUGGGUCAAUAAACUCACCCAAAAUUCUGAUAUUGUCUGGCAUCGGACCAAAAGACCAUCUCGAGUCAUUGGGGAUCCCAGUGGUUGCUGAUCUGCCGGUUGGAGAAAACUUAGAGGACCACAUUAAUGUUCAUAUGUCGUUUAGAGAUAAUACAAGUUCAGCGACUAGCUACUCACCCUUAUUUUUCUUUGAAUACGGUUUAUCAAAAUCAGGUCCUUUAAGCAAAUCUCACAUGGAGGGGAAUGCUUUUCUUAAUGAUGAUGACAACUUGAUUCCAUACUUGCAACUCUCAUUUUACAGUGUUUCAGGAACUUCUCCUUUAAACGAUCAGAGUGGUAGCAACAAUCCACAUGGCUCAUUUCUGGUAAUAUGUAUGCUCCUUCAUCCUAAAAGUAGAGGGAAUAUUCAACUUCAGAGUAGAGAUCCGUUUGAUCCGCCCCGUAUAGACCCCAAUUUUUUAGAUCAUCCAUACGAUAUGAAAAUGCUAUUGAAAGGAUUAAAACAGCUCUUAAAGUUAGCCAAUACAACAGCAUUUAGGUCCAUUGGAGCAUCACCAUUAGACCCUUAUGAUGAAAACUAUUUCCUUUUCUGUAAACGUUUUCCGUACGAAUCAGACGAUUACUGGAGAUGCAGACUGGCGCUCAACUUUUUACCUAUGUAUGACACAACCUCCACUUGUAGAAUGGGAGCAGAUAACGAUAAAACAGCGGUUGUGGAUCCACAACUAAGAGUAAAGGGAGUAAGCAACCUAAGGGUAGUCGACGCUUCCGUCAUGCGCCAUGUUACUUCCGGAAAUACAAACGCUCCAACGAUCAUGAUUGCAGAAAAAGCCGCAGAUAUGAUUCGAGGAAUUGAUAGUGUGAAAUCAAUCAGGGAAAGACUGCAAAAUUAUAGAAAAUUAUUGAGAGAGAUGAACAAAGACUGAGUUUACAAAUAUUCAAGGACCAAGUUGUGAUUAGAGUUAUCGAAAUUGCUCCACAAAACAAAGAUAAUCAGUUAGAUAACAAAGCAUUCGAUAAAAGGCCGUGGUGUCUUUAAUCUUAAAGUUGAUGUGCACAUAAUGGGAUCAUAUUCACGGAGUUUCAGCCUAACUAAUUAACAAUUGAAACGAAUAAUUUUUUUAAUUUAGCAUUGCUUUGUCACAAUCACAAUACAAUUUAAAGUCGAAAUAAACUUCCUGAAAUAUU